UGCAGGAGAGCCAGGCAGGGAGGGACGGACGGACGGACGGACGGAGCUGCUCCUUGCUGCUCUCACCUCCCUUGGAGCUCCCCAGCUCUCUGCCUGCUUGAAGGCGUGAGGCAUGGGGACCAGGAGAUGGACACUUUCCACCUUUGUGGGAUGCUGCAUAUGGAUUCUGCAAGGGCUCAGGGCUGCUGCAGCUGUCCCUGUCACUACCGAGGGGCCAAUUACUGUGGGGACAGCUUCUCCCAUUGCCGAAGAGACAGAGUGGCCCCAUGCCCUGGGGACGGGCACUGCAGAGAUGAGCACCACAGUAGCUGAUGCUGAGAUAGCUGAAAGCAUCCUUGAGCGGAGCUCGGUGAGCCCAACCUUCCCUCCUGGGUCCGAGAUGGGAGAUUUGGUGACGACGGCGAGCAGCUAUGUCUCUACAAUACCAACUUUGACCAAUGCGACCAAGCCUCUUAACCCAUCUCAAGAAAACCAGAGGGGUUUGGCUGCUCCCACUGCAGCCAUGACUGCUGCCUCCAUCUCCACACAGCUCCCUGCUCUCACCCCAGAAGCGGAGCAUGAUGUAACAGGACCUGCUUCCAAUGCACCCCCGGCGACCACCCUUCUCUCUGCAGAUGUGAAUGAGGAUGUUCUCGUGGACGUGGCCAGAGAAGGAGCAGAUCUAGACCCCACUGUUGGUGAUGUGAUCUUCCCCUCCACCUUUUCACAGGCCAUCACCUGGGGGCCACAGCCAACUGCUGGCAGCCCCAUGGGUACCGGCGUCACUGUGCUGCUGAGUCAAGGGCUGGACACAGCUACAGGAGUGGUCAAGGAAGGUGUAACCCUGCCUGUAGAUAUCCAGAGUGAAGACAGUACCAGCUCCUCACGGCCCGGCCCUGGUGCUGGGACUCUGCUCAUUACCCAGGAGGAUGGGGCAAUGAGCAGGGCUGUGGGCAUCACCCCAGACCCAUUGGGAGACACUACCCUGGCUGCCACAGAAAGACCUUUGGCUUCAGUGCCCGGAGAUGCAGGAGAUGCCGUAAAUGGUGCAUUCAGCACAGCCGAUGCAUCCCACCUGCCUCCAGAGAGUGUGAUGAUAUCAGGAACAGUAGGAAAUCCAGGGGAGUCCUCUCUCCUUCCUGGCCAGGCAGCUCUAAGCUCGUCUGCUUCACUGACACCAGCCGGUGGUGGGGAUGGGCAGGGAGCUCCUGGGAUGUCAUCAGACACUCCUGGUUCAUCCCCAUUGCUUGCAGUCAGUGAGGUGCCUGCAGCAACAGUGGACAAGGUCACCUCACUGCUGGCCCCAGGGGUUCCCAUUGAUGCACAGAGUGACAUGAAUGCCCCAGUCCCGGCCACUGUGCUGCCCACAGGAUAUGUGGGAGCUGUGGAUCUGGCUGAGCCAUCCCUGCAGCCUGCCCCACGGCAGAACCCUGCUGGAGAACAGCCACGUCUGCUUCCUGCUGCCCUGCCAUUCUCCACGGACACUUCCAGCUCUCCUGGGGCUGCGUACCCACCCCCAGGCACUGGGGACAGCACUCUGCCUGCAACUGACCAUGGGACAGAGAUGCCAGGGAGCCCCGACCUUGCUGUUGCUCCAGGAGCACCCAUGUCUCCAUCAGUUGGAAGACCACAGCCAUGGGGCAUGGCAGCUGACACUUCCCAAGGAACAGAGGGACCCGGCACUGGAUUGAAUUCAGUUUUAGAUGCCCCAAAUCCAACAUCUUUCAUACCUGAUGGACUCUCAUGGCCAAGCAGUGGGGUCCCAGCUCAGGGGACCGAGGGUGCAGGAGAAACAGCCCAGUCAGGAGGUCCAGGGGAUGGCAGUCCCUAUGUAGAUACUCAGACUGACAUGAGUCGUUUAGCCACCAGUGCUCAGAAGGACCUAACAAACACUGGAGAGAUGCCAGCUGGAGGAACAGAAGCUUUGGCAAAUGCUGAAAUGUCCUCUCCAUCAGCUCUUGGAGAUGGAGCAGGAGCAGGGGCAGCCCUAGCACGUGGUCCUGCACCUCCUGGCAGUGCUGGGUUGGAGCCUGACCUCUUGGGGGCUGAAGGACCAGGGCACCUGCCUGGUGAAUCCCCCAGUGCUCCUGGAGUAGCUCACCCACCCCCAGGGGCUGCAGCAGAGACACCGGUGAGCCCCAACCUUGGUGCCGCCCAAGGAGUGCCUGUGCCUCCGUCUCUUGGGGGUCCAGAGCCAUGGGAGAUGGCAGCUGGUGCUCCGCAGGGAGCAGGUCUUCCUGGAGCUAAUGGACCAAGCAGUGGCUUGACUUCGGCAUGGGAUGGCCCCAGCUCAGCAUCUUAUGGGCCAGCAGGACUCCCGUCACCUGCCCUUGGGCACCAGCUUGACACAAACCCGGCACUGCCAGCAGUGGAAGGGCUCGGAGCUGGCACAACAGAACAAGCACUGGGGGGAGUGGGCAGCGCAACUGGGUUUGAUCCAUCCCUGAGUGCUGCUGCAGGCAGUGGGAUGGCAGCUGGGAUGGAUCAACUGCCAGGCGCAGGGUCCCCAUCCGGCCCUGCCUCUCUCAGUGAUCCAGUUGCAACAUCCUCCGUUUCAGCAGAUGAUGGAGCAGGACCCAUCCAAGCUGCAUCCCCUGGCACUGACAGCCUGUCUCCAGCCUCUCUGGACAGUGAAACUCUCACGGAGUUUCCAGCACAGGGGACUGAAAGCACAAUGGAUGUGGCAGAGGCAGGGAACCCAGAGAGUGAAAGUCCCUACAUGGAGACGAGUCCUUCAGCCUUCAACGCUCAGCAGGAUGCCACUAACACUGGAGAGAUGCCAGCUGGAGGAACAGAAGCUUUGGCAAAUACUGAAAUGUCCUCUCCAUCAGCUCUUGGAGGUGGAGCAGGAGCAGGAGCAGGGGCAGCCCCAGCACUAGGACAAGUGUCCCCACAUGUGCUCCUGGAGUAG